AUGUCACCUGAAUUAGCAUCUGUCAACCGUCCCCAACAGAGGGUUACGGCUGAGGCACGGGAGGAGACAAUUGUCAUCUCCAAAGAAACGUCAGACGAGGACAGCCGAGAUGACGAUCAAAGUCAGAGCGAGGACGAAUGGCAAGACAUCGAAGAAUCAGUCCCUCAACCGAAUGCAUCCCGACAAUCUCUUCGUGAGGAUCCACUUCGCCGAACCAGAACAGACGGCAGGAAGAGGAAGAGACGCAUCUGCAAUUCUUCCUCAGCUAGCCAAGAGGAUCUAAUUGAUUUUCCAAUUCCAGAAAUAUCGGAUCCGGACAAGGCGGACCCGGCCGGUCACCUCUCGAUACGCGACCUACCCUAUUCUUUAACCAAUGGACGACUCGCUGGCCCCGGGAAAGGAUGGUUGGGCUUGCCUGUCGGACUCUUCACGAGGGAUCCUUUUGAUUUUCCUGAGGAAUGGUCCCUAGACCAACGGUUACCUUACUACCGAGUGGUUUUCGCCAAUUUUACAACAAGCGUGACCAUCCGCUGGAACGUAGGGAUGAUCAAUAUCCACGGUGACGUCCCGAAAACGAUCAAGGGUAACAGAGUACCCGCACCUAGCUGUGCCACGAAUCAUGUCAGCUUCUUUAGGGAGCAUACCGUGCUCGGAGAAUUGAAGGGGAAAAUGGUGACGGUGUACUUGUACACUUGGAUGAGGACCCAGUGGAAUAUGGGGACCGCCAUGAAUUUGCCAAAUCUGAGAGCGUGUAUCCAGGAUGAUUACCGCCUCGAAGCAAGGGAGCGUCGAAAGAAACGUCUAGAAACGAACGACUAUGCUAUUCCACUCUUCCGGGACGACGACUUUCCCGGCCAACGGGAUCCGGGAGGAGCACGAGCGAGAGUCGUUCAAGAUAUUACGAGUGCUCUAGUCAGCAUUCAAUCGCUACCAUUCAAUCAGUGCGAGAUUAUCGGGGCUGAUAUAGAUGAGCACCGUCUACAGGAACUUUUCUGGAACUUCUCGUAUUUCAUCGACGUACUCAACUCCAUCAAAGACCGGAUUCAAGCGGAACAUGGAAAUACCCUCUUCUCCACUAGAUCGGCGCGAGCCAUCAGCCGACGAGCGAAAGGAGAGGUGCAAACUGCCUUGGCUAGGCUCGUGAGCAACAACCUCCGGGGGAUGAAGGUCCCCGCCCUAGAAAUAAAUCGGGUGGGAGGAGCAACUCUGUUUGGUCAGCUCCCAGAUGACGGAAACGGGGAUACAUACUCCCUAGACAUCCCAGAUGCAGGACGGAAGGCAGGAUCGUACGUUCCCAGGGGAUUUGAUGAUUACGAGGCAUAUGUGUUCCAGAAAUUGGGGGAGUUCUCGAUACAUGGCAAGGAGAGAUUUGGAUGCAAUGAGGUGAUUAGUCCGGAUCCGUCAUGCCCUCAAGACCAGAGAAGCUGGGAGCGUCCGACUCCGCAAGUGGAGGAGGUGCGGGCUAGGAUGGAAAACCGACGACUACAGGAGAUCGAAAGAGAAAGGACACAGAGAGACAUGCAAACAAAUCCGGAUGAGCACCGGACCAGGUCGGGGUUCUGGUUUGCGCCUGUAUGGGACAAGAGAAAAGCGCCGCCUACGCCCGCGAGACGGUUCCAGGGUGAAGAGAACAAUGUGCCAUUGAAGGAGCUAGCCGCCCAGAUUGGACAGGCUUUGCGACAAGGCACGUUGGGUAAUGCAGACAGAGAUCAUCUGAACCAGAGCAGACACACUCCCGAGGAGGAUGGAACACAAGCGGGAUCUCGCGAUCAAAUCCCAACUCUUCCUACGGAUAUGGCGGAGGUUCAGAAUAGUCCAACAAUCGGCUCCGAAGAGAUCGCGGUGACGGGCGCAGAGGAUACACCAGUUGUUCCCGCUCGUAUGCAUGGGUCGGAGGCCGAUGAGGACCUACGUCCAGAAAGCUUGCUACUACCCCCAUGCCCUACUCCACGCGUGCAGGAACAGACCGGAGGGGACACGGGAAGUUUAGGAGAUCCUGGUAGUGGAAGCUUGUUACUACCCCCAUGCCCUACUCCACGCUCCCUAUGUUUAUUUUAUAAAUAUGGCUGUCUGAGAAUCUCAAAAUGA